GGUUGUCAGGCAGCGGCGGGGGCUGCCGCGCCGGGGGAGCGGGCACCGGGCCCCGGGGCGCUCCUGCCGCCAUCCGGGUUCCAACGCCCCCGCCCCCGGCCCUUCUGGGCGCGCCCGCUGCUCUUCGCCUCCCGGACGGGGAGGCGGGUGAGGAGCCGGUCCCGGGGGAGCUCGGAUGCAUAGCCCGGCGGUGGUAGGACACAUCGGCGGAGCCUUGCCGGGACGAGGACGGCGCCGCAGCCCUGCCCCCGGAGCGGCCGCGCGGAGCCAUGGCCGUGGCCAUCACCACGAAGACGGCCUGGAAGCUGCAAGAGAUCACUGCUCACAGCAGCAACGUCUCCUCACUAGUCCUGGGGAAAAGUUCUGGCCGGCUGCUGGCAACUGGAGGAGAUGACUGUCAGGUCAACAUAUGGUCAGUGAACAAGACCAACUGCAUCAUGAGUCUGACAGGCCACACGGCACCCAUUGAGAGCCUACAGAUCAAUACCAACGAGGAGCUCAUUGUUGCAGGGUCCCAGUCAGGGUCCAUUCGAGUUUGGGACCUGGAGGCUGCCAAAAUUCUUCGUACCUUGGUUGGUCACAAAGCAAAUAUCUGCAGCCUUGAUUUCCAUCCUUUUGGAAGCUUUUUGGCAUCUGGCUCUUUGGACACAAAUGUUAAGCUCUGGGAUGUCAGAAGAAGAGGCUGUGUCUACAGGUACAAGGGUCACACAGAAGCAGUCCGAUGUCUCCGCUUUAGUCCUGAUGGGAAAUGGUUGGCCUCUGCUGCUGAUGAUCACACUGUAAAGCUGUGGGAUCUGGCUGCUGGGAAGAUAAUGUUUGAGUUUACAGGGCAUACUGGCCCAGUAAGCGUUGUGGAAUUCCAUCCCAAUGAAUACCUUUUGGCUUCUGGUAGCUCUGACAGGACUGUUCGGUUCUGGGACUUGGAGAAGUUUCAAGUUGUGAGCUGUAUUGAGGAGGAGGCCACUCCUGUCAGGUGUGUGCUCUUCAACCCAGAUGGCUGCUGCUUGUACAGUGGCUUCCAGGACUCGCUGCGUGUGUACGGCUGGGAGCCAGAGCGAUGUUUCGAUGUGGUCUUGGUGAACUGGGGAAAAGUUGCUGACUUAUCUAUCUGCAACAACCAGCUGAUAGGAGUUUCCUUUGAAAAAAACACAGUCUCUUCCUUCGUUGUGGAUCUCAGCAGAGUCACAAAGUCUGGUUCUGUUGCUCAUGGACUGAUCAGGGACAAUGAGCCUCUUGUGCCACCUACCUCAACGGGAUCCUCCCUUCGCCGCAUCUAUGACAGGCCUUCAACUACCUGCAGCAAGCCCCAGAGUAGAGUGAAGCACAACUCGGAGAGUGAGAGGCGCAGCCCCAGCAGUGAAGAUGACCGGGAUGAGAAGGAAUCCAAGGCCGAGAUCCAGAAUGCAGAGGAUUACAACGAGAUCUUCCAGCCCAAGAAUGCGAUCUGUCGAACUCCUCCUCGAAACAACGAGCCCUUUCCUGCCCCUCCUGAGGACGAGCCCAUAACUGCCCAGGAAGCAGUGAAGUCCAGCCAAGCUACCGACGUCCAGACCCCGCUGCCAAAACAGGAACUUCUUGAUCCGGUUCAGAGGCCACCAAUUGCUUCUUCAACUCCUUUGACCAGGACAGAGCCAUCAGUGAUUCCUGCAGCCAGAAAUGAACCCAUUGGCCUGAAGGCUUCUGACUUUUUACCUGCUGUGAAAAACCAAAGCCAGACAGAGCUUGUGGAUGAGGAAGCCAUGUCCCAGAUCAGGAAAGGACACGAGACCAUGUGUGUGGUGCUCACCAGCCGCCACAAGAACCUGGACACCGUGCGAGCUGUCUGGAGCAUCAGUGAUAUCAAGAACUCUGUGGACUCUGCAGUGGCCAUCAACGAUCUGUCUGUUGUUGUGGACCUCUUGAAUAUUGUCAACCAAAAAGCGUCUCUCUGGAAGUUGGAUUUGUGUACCAUAGUCCUGCCGCAGAUAGAGAAGCUACUCCAAAGUAAAUAUGAAAGUUAUGUGCAAACUGGCUGCACUUCUCUGAAACUCAUUCUCCAGAGAUUCCUGCCGCUGAUCACAGACAUCCUCACUGCACCACCUUCUGUCGGAGUGGACAUCACCAGAGAGGAAAGGCUCCAUAAAUGCAAACUGUGCUACAAGCAGCUGAAAAACAUCAGCAACAUCGUCAAGAACAAGUCUGGGCUCAGCGGCCGCCAUGGUAGUGCCUUCCGGGAGCUGCAUCUCCUCAUGGCUGUCCUGGAGUGACACCUCCUCACUGCAGACACAGGUGGCCAAGCUUCCCUCUGCUCCUGGUCUGGCUGGAUUUUGCCUCCCUCCAUGUGUCCAUCUUCCCCCCACGGUGCAGUAGGGAAGUGGAAUCUAGCUGGCUGGUUGCUGGCCCAGCCCCAGUGCCUUUUGGGCUGGAUGGAGGGAGGACCCGAGCGGAAUGGUGUCCUUGCUGGGUGAGGGGACCUGGCUGGGAGAGGACCCUGCAGAGCUGCUGUAGGGAAGCAGCUUCAUUUUAACUCUUCAUCUCUCAUCAGUUUCUGAGCUGCUCUUGUCUGUGUGCUGGCCUUUCCCUGUCAGGAGGGCUCCCAGCCUGCUGUCACCCCUGCUUCACCCAUCUCUGCUGUCCCUUCUUGUCAUGUGGCUCUGGGACCACAGUGCCUGCCCCACAAGAGCUUGCUGUGGGGUGGAGUGCCCUUUCCCCAUAGAAAGGACUUCAUCUGCCAUGUGGGACCAGCUCCCUUGGCUUGCUCGGACACACAUGAGCCAGGACACUGUGCCAGCAUGCCUGGUGUGGUCUUGAGGACCUGUAUGGAAGAGGCUGACUCUUGGCUUCUCAAAAAUUCCUGCUGGCACCCGCAGAAGAUUAGUAUCUUCAGACUUGCUGGGAACUGAGGUCUACCUAGAUCUGCUAAAAUACCUGACUUCAAAAGGACUUGUCAUAUGUGUUUGCCUUUGGGGGUAAGGAUGUGGGAGGGUGGAGGAACAGAGGGAUGUGGAGUAAUGUCUUUCUGUAUCCACUGGACCACUCUUAGAAGUUUUUAUCUUUUUCCCCCCCACCCCAAUAAAUAUGUCAGAACCUUUCUGUCCCUCUUUCUUCUUUCCUGUGGGGAAAGAGGUUCCUGUUGGUGCUUCCCCUGCUCCUCCCAGCCUGUCUCCCAUUUUAUACACUGGAGCCUGUUUUCUGGGAAACUGUAAUUUAUAAUGAAUUUUAUUAAAAGAUUUGUAACUUUUUUUUUUUUUUUUUAA